UUGACUUGCAGUUAGCAGUUCACUCUACUAUUCUUUAAUGCUAUCGUCACUUCACCUUGCGUAACAACAGAACAAAAAGAACAAGCAUGUCAAGUCUAGUUUAUUGUUCGCCAAGAAAACAGAAUUUAUAAACCCAUUUCGGACUAAAACGACCUUUGAGGCGUUAAAUCGUCAUUCAUUUUGAAUAUAUGGGUUAUUGACUAAGCGUAUUUAUGGACAGAGGUGGAGUCGAGGCCCAUAAACAAGAAAAGAAAAAAACAAAAAAACAAAAAACAAAAAACAACAAGGCCAGUAUCGAGCUAUCAUGACCGAAUAAUUCUGUUAAUAAGGGAUUUAUUGUAUGGCUUUCGUGAAAAUUUUUCUUGCGGGACACAGCGGGUAGUCUGCGAGUGGGCAAGAUAUCACAGCGCAGGAUUUUGUUCAUCCUGCCCGUUUAUUGAGCUAUUUUGCCUUUUUUUGUUUGAAGUAGGGUUAAUGUGCCAUCUAUUAAUACACAUAAUUCCUUUUAAAUACGUCUUAUUGCUUUCACAAUUUGUUCAUACUAGUUCCCAGUCUACCACCGCCAGUAGUAGUAGCCCAUAGUACAAGCUACUCGAGUGUAAUGGUCACGUGGGCAGCUAUCCCAGAAAGCCAUACCAAUGGCAUUCUUCAGGGUUAUGUAACGAUGCUCGAUGACAUCGACGAACGUUUUUAUGGAUGUGACCAAAUAAUAAAGAUCGAUGGGCUGGAAAAAUCCAAAGCUUACAAAAUUAAAGUUGCUGGUUACACCUCUAAAGGACUUGGGAACUUCAGCGAUGAAGUAAUAGCAAUCACUAACAUUGAUGGUUGCCAGGCUCUUGGUAUGGAAAACUACAACAUUUCCAACUCACAAAUUAGUGCAUCUUCCAAGGCUGGGGCUGGGGACGUUCAUGCCGCUAGCAACGGUCGAUUAAAUUUUGACCCAGACAAUAGUUACAUCGCGGGCUCCUGGAGCGCUGACGGCAGUGACUUUGAUGAGCCCUUUGAUCAGCCCUGGCUGCAGGUUGAUUUCCUAGAAAAAAUUACCGUAACCAAAGUAGCAACUCAAGGCAGACUAUUAGAUUCACUACGUUUCUUUCAGUGGGUGAAAACUUACUCGUUGAAUUAUAGUCAGGAUGGUAUUGAUUUUGAAGCUUAUGAACAGUUUGGAAAUGUGAAGGUAAUUUUACAUAACUGUCAUUGUUUGGUAUAAGCAGUAAUUCUUGAAUCACAUCCUCUUCGCUUGUGUUUUCAAAACGUUUAUGUGCCAGUUCUUCGAAAGUGCUCGAAGCCAGUAAUGCAUCAUUAGGCGCUAAUUCGACCAUGGGAUGUCCAAGUUAGUGUUGUCUAAUCACUCGUCAACCCAAGGAUGAACAGAAUCUUGCUUAGUUAUUAACCUAGUUAUUAACCUAUUUAGUUACUUAUUUAGUUUAAACCAUACUAACGAUGAAUCUGCACUCCCGCAAACACGGAAACGGGAAUGUUCUUUAUAAACUGCCUGGGUUUGGUUGCAAGAAUACUCCCCAGUGUAGUUCCAUGUCUCGCAUGACUUUGUUUGACUUCCAGAGUUAGAUCCACUUCUGGAAAUCUUCGCUUUUACUUUCUUCGCAGAUUUUUCAAGGCAACUGG